UCAAUUGUCUUGCAGUUGUCGCUGUCGCGCGCUCUCCUCCAGGCGCAUAGGAUAGAGAUACAGCCAACGGUUACGCGAACACCGGUUUAGCGAUCACUUUUUUGAGCAAGACUCAGCUUCAAAAUUUAUUCGCUGGUUUAUAAAGUAGGCUAUAACUACAAAAGGACGUUCGUCUUUAAGAGAGUCUUCAUUGUCCUCGGAGCGCAGAACCUCUCUUCUAUUAAUAAAGUCCAAUGCCACUUCUCCAGUAAGCAGGAUGAAGACGGCGGAGAUCUGUGUGGUCCUGUUUGUCUUGGUCUGUGUGUGUGAACCGUCAUUGUCUUUGGACCCCCGGGAUCCAAAUGUCUGCAGCUUAUGGGAAAGCUUCACCACUUCAGUGAAGGAAUCAUAUGCUCAGCCUUUCGACCAAGUGAAUGAAGAGACCUGCUCUGAACCCUGGAUCGCUAAGAAAUGCACCCGGCACAGGAUCACCUAUAAAACACUUUAUAGGCAGGUGGUGAAAAUGGACUAUCGUAGGAGGUAUCAGUGCUGUCGCGGCUUCUAUGAGAGCAGAAAUAAAUGUGUUCCACGUUGCACUAAGGAGUGUGUCCAUGGCCGCUGCGUUGCACCUGAUCGUUGCCAGUGUGUGAGCGGCUGGCGUGGAGACGACUGUUCCAGCUCAUGUGACGCCCAGCAUUGGGGUACAGGCUGCAUGCGACUCUGUGAGUGCCAGAACGGGGGAGAGUGUAACGUUCUUACUGGAACCUGUCAGUGCCCAGCCGGAUACACUGGGGAACACUGCCAGGACCCCUGUCCUGCAAAGUCGUUUGGUCAGGGCUGUCUGCAGCAGUGCCAGUGUGGAACAGGAGGAUUCUGCAAUAAAACCACUGGAGAGUGUGUGUGCAGAGAUGGAUUUACUGGAACUCUGUGCGAGGAGUCGUGUAAAAGGCGCUGUCCUGCACGCUGUCCAUGUCAGAAUGGAGGCAUCUGCCAGGGAAGAGGGGUGUGUUUGUGUCCACCCGGCUGGAUGGGUGCAGUGUGUACUGAGCGGUGUCCACCGGGCCGUUUUGGUUCAAACUGUGCUAAAGAAUGUUUGUGCCAUAAUGGAGGUCACUGUGAUCCAGAAACAGGCCAAUGUCAGUGUGAUGCAGGCUAUACUGGAGAAAGGUGUAACGAGGAGUGUGCAGUGGGUACGUACGGCGAGGACUGUAAGGGUGUGUGUGACUGUGCUAAUGGAGCCCGCUGCUAUAACAUCCACGGUGGGUGUCUGUGUGAGCCGGGGUUUAAGGGUCCGCGCUGUGAUCACAGGAUGUGUCCUGACGGGGCCUACGGCAUGCACUGCGAACACAGCUGCCUCUGCAACUCACAAAACACUCUCAGCUGUCACCCUCUGAAGGGGGAGUGUACCUGUCAGCCUGGUUGGGCGGGGCUGUACUGUAAUGAAACCUGUGCAAAUGGUUACUAUGGUAACGGUUGCCUGGAGCCCUGCCUCUGUGUGAAUGGAGGGGUGUGUGACACGGUGAACGGCCAGUGCCACUGUGCGCCCGGAUAUACGGGAUUGCACUGCGAGAAGCUCUGUGAGGAUGGUUUCUAUGGGAAAGGCUGCUUGUCUCCUUGUACCUGUGUAAACUCUAUAGCCUGCUCUCCCAUUGAUGGAACAUGUUUCUGUAAGGAAGGGUGGAGAGGACAUGACUGUUCCAUCGCAUGUUCAGAGGGCACAUGGGGUCCCGGCUGCAACUUCACCUGCCAGUGUGCAAAUGGAGCAUCUUGCCACCCUGCCGAUGGUUCUUGCAAGUGCACUGCAGGCUGGAGAGGAGCUACCUGUGACGAGGCCUGUCCGAGCGGGAUGUUCGGCCUAGGCUGUCGUCACCAAUGUGACUGUCUGCAUGAUGAAGGAUGUGAGAGUGUUACUGGCCAGUGUCUGUGUUUACCUGGUUGGACAGGUCUGCGCUGUACACAGCAGUGUCCAGAGGGAACGUGGGGCCUUCAGUGCAACCUGACCUGCUCCUGCCUCAACAGCGCCACCUGUCAGGCACAUACCGGAAUCUGCCUGUGCAAACCCGGAUUCUGGGGAGCUCAGUGUCAACACAUGUGCAGUGCUGGUCUAUUCGGAGAGAGGUGCAGUCGUAAAUGCCCGAAAUGUGUACAUGCCUUGUCCUGCCAUCACAUUACAGGCGAUUGUUUGUGUCUGCCUGGAUAUAUCGGACAACUGUGUGAUCAAGCCUGCCCCACUGGUCAGUAUGGAAGCCAUUGUAGCAAUGUGUGCAGAUGCACCAACAAUGCAACAUGUCACCACCAGGAUGGUUUGUGCCACUGUCCCACUGGAUGGACUGGACCGGACUGCUCUUUAUUGUGUCAGACUGGGAAGUUCGGCAGUAACUGUGCUCAGACCUGCUCGUGUCCCCCAAACCAUUCCUGCGAUCCUCACACUGGAGACUGUAUAUGUGUACCUGGACCAGGCGAGGACUGCAAACCAGAAAAGGAGCUGAGUAUGAUGGUGCCUGUUUCUCCAGUGGAAAGGGACUCGUGGGGUGCGAUCGCAGGCAUUGUGGUGCUGGUGAUUCUGGUUGUGCUCCUGUUGGCUGUUCUGCUAUUAUAUCGGCGCAGACAGCAGGACAAACAGAGCAACACACCCGUUGUGUCUUUCUCCUCAACCCGCACAGUCAGUUCAGAGUAUGCUGUACCAGAUGUUCCACACAGCUACCAUCACUAUUACUCAAACCCGAGUUACCACACACUGUCUCAAAACAGACCUCCACUGCCACACCUGCCCAACAACCAAGACAGAGCCAUCAAGAACACCAACAACCAGCUGUUCUGCAGUCUGAAGAACAUGGAGAGGGAGAGGAGAGGUCUGUUUGUGGCUGAGACUAAUGCUACUCUUCCUCCAGGCUGGAAACACCAGGAGCCACCCAAAGAUACAGGGGCUUUUGGGAUUGAUCGAAGUUACAGCUAUAGUGCUACACUUGGGAAGCACUACAACAAAGAGUUGAAAGACUCCUGUGUGGCAGUGAGUAGCAGCUCUCUGAACAGUGAGAACCCAUAUGCCACCAUCAAAGAUCUGCCCGGCCUGCCACCAUGUCCUCCAGAGAGCAGCUACAUGGAGAUGAAGUCUGCAGUGUCUCGUGAAAGAUCCUACACUGAAAUCAGUCCACCAGUCAUGGCUCCCUCCACUCUGUCAUGCAGAGAACAUUGUUCCCUUGGCAACGUUGUGGAACAGGAACCUCAGAAUCAUUAUGAUCUGCCCAUCAACAGCCACAUUCCCGGGCAUUAUGAUCUGCCACCAGUGCGAAGACCACCCUCCCCAUCGCCACGGAGACUGCCCCGUUGAUCGCCUUGAAAAUAACUUGAAGACUUUGUUUCUCUGAAAUCACUGCCAAAGACAGCUGUCUGCGUUACAAGCUGAAUAAUGAAUUACAAAAACUGCCCACCACAGAUGAAUGGAUAUAUGGAUGGAUGUGACCAAAACUGUGCAACAGUGCUAUCUACUGGUCCUGGACAACACUAACAGCUGAAUGUCCAUGGAGAAAAAUAUCUUCUUUAAAGGCACUUAGCCCAUUCAAGCCUGUAGAAAACAAUGUUGCCAAAGACUGUAUCACUCUUUUUCCAUCUGACAAUAUUUCCCAGUGGCUAAACUACUGGCAUACAAAAUAGACAACCUUAGAAAGAGAUUUUGACAACUUGCUGGAUGCCAUUUAGUGACUCGUAGGAAUUACUAUAUAAAGAUUUGUGAACGUCUUAUGUGAAAAAAA